AUGACUUAUCAACCAGAUGACAACAUUUUUCAUUAUGCAUACAAUGACAAUGAAUUCAAUGAUCUUGAUGCAGGACUAUCAUUACGUUCCACUUCUCAAGUGACAAAUAAUGAACACAAUAUUGAUGUCGAUAGUUAUUUUCUGUGGCUACUAGAUGAAUUAUUAAUCACACGUAAUGUUGAUGAACUCAGCGAUAAAAAUUUCGAUUCGGAUGCAGCAUCAUUACUCACACCUUCUUAUUAUCUUGAUGAAUCAUUAUUUCCCGAUUAUCAAUUAGAAGAUAUUUGUGGAGAUCCAAUCAAUGAAGUGACAAUUACAACGACUACUACCAACACUGAAAACAAUAAUAAUUAUUGUAUGGUUAAUAAUGCAUCAUCAGAAUUGAAUUCAAAUGAAUAUGAAAAUCUAAUAUCUGAUGACAUCAAAAAUCUCAUCAAACAACCUUUUGAUGAUUUCAAUCUACAAUUUAUCGAUAAUUCUAUUGAACAACGAACAAUGCUUAUUGAAACUCCACCACCAGCUAAGUUUCGUUAUCGUUAUAAAAGUGAUACAAAACAUUACAUAGAAAAAUCUCGUACAAAACCUAUGGUUAUUAAGUUACCAGAUUUAAAAGGCAUAAAAUUAAAUUCAAAUCAAUUAUUCUGGCUUCGUCUAAUUUUGACUACAUAUAGUGAAAAUCCAUUAGAUGAAGUAUAUCUUCAUGUUAAUCAAUUAAAAUAUCAUUCUGAUGAUAUACAUGAACUUGAUGAUAAAACUAUUUGUAUUCCAUUGACUUUAACGGAUAUCGAAGAAGGAAAAAAAGCACUUCCAUGUUUAUCAAUAAUCAAAACAACAUUAAAUAAUUAUAUGUCUAGAUUAAUUCCAUUUAAUCUAACAAGAAUCAACAAUGAAUCAUACGAAAAUACAAAUGAAAAAAUAUCGAUACCAGAAGCAAAGAAGAUUUUUAAAAAAUUUAAUUUGAAAGCUAGUCGAAUCGUUUGCCAAUUAGUAAUUAAACAAAAUGAAUUCUGGCAUUUUACAAAUAUUACAUGUCAAACAAAGGGUAUAGAAGAUAAAGAGCAGAAAAACACAACAAAAAAACGAUCAGCGGAAACAAAUGAUAGUGACGAAGAUGAAUUAUUAGAUGAACGUCCGAGUUCAUCAAAAUCAAAAUCAAUUAAACGAAAGAAACGUUCCCAUCAAUGA